UUCUGGCAGUUGACAGACGAGCUGUGAGGACUGGCUAAGAUUAAACAGCAACUUUGAGCCUAAAAAAGAAAGAGAUCGGGACCCAAGUUAAUUACUAACUCACUUGCUCCUGCUCUUCACGUAAAUCCUCAACAGUUUCGGCACACUAAUGUGUUGUCUUUGCACGAGGAAGUCCCAAGGUUUUCUUUUGGCUUUAAAGUCUUCAUGGGUUUAAGUCCCUCAGAGUCACGUCCUGCAAUUGUCUCUGGAGUGUGGGUGGACAGGGGAGAGUGACGGAGCGUUUGAGUUACUCUCAGUAGCGUUUGAGCAGAGGGCAAAAGGCAACUUUGUUGUCUAGUCUUCUGAGAGCAACUGAAGCCACACGUGUGGGCCAUGUGUGCUGCAGCGUUGGAGGACUACUGUGGCUCCAUUUUCUGGAAUGAUUCAUAUCUGAUCGGAGCAGAGCCAGAUCUGCCAGUAUGUAUGCAGCAGACGGUGCUGGUGUGGAUUCCCUUGGGAUUCCUGUGGCUCUGUGCCCCGUAUCACCUGGUGUCUCUCUGCAGGAGGACGAAAGUGGAGAGCAGACACUUGUCCAAGCUCUACCUCUGCAAACAGUUUGUGGUGUCUCUGUUGUUCCUGACGGCCAUUGCGGACCUGGCAGUCACAAUAGGAGAGGACCAUGGUCCACAUGAAGGCCACCCUUCAACAGAGAAACACCCUGCUGUAUACUAUGUAAACCCCAUCCUGUAUGCUGUCACAUGGAUCCUUCUGAUGUUGUGCCAGGAAGCAGUGAGACGAAUGGAAGGAGCAAUUGACUCCACCACUCUCUUCCUCUUCUGGUGGCUGCUCUCUGUUUGCAACAUCUUCCCUUUCCAGACCUUGACACGAGAGGCAGUCAAGCAGGAGGGAGUGAUCAGUGAUGUCCCUCGUUUUUGCCUUUUCUUCAUUUCCUUUGGGCUCCAAAUUAUUGCACUUGUUCUCUCUGCUUUGGCUGAUGUCCCCCCAGAAAUGGAGGAGUCAAUAAAAAAGAAUCCAGAGGUUGGUGCUCCAUUCUUGAGAAGAAUCACCUUCAGCUGGUUUAACAGUAUGGCGGUGAAGGGCUACAAGCAGUCACUGGCUCAGGACGACCUGUGGGAGCUGAAAGAGGCUGACAACACUGCUUCCAUCAGCCAAGUCUUUCAGUCUUUCAUGCAGUCGAGCUUGGCUGCAGCACGCAUUCGCCUCCAAAAACGACUAAAGAAGAAACAGCAAAAGAACAGAGCCAAAGGUGAGGAGGAGGCCUUCGAAAAUGGCUUCAGCAACGGCCUGAGUGUAGGCAUCCGUCAGGAUGUGUUGAUGAUGGAGAAAAAGGGAAAGAAAGAUCAAAAAAAGAAAAAUGGAGAGAAAGCUGACUUUCCCAAAUCGUGGCUGUAUAGCACAAUUUUCAAGAGCUUUAAAAUGGAUUUCAUCAUAUCGGCCGCCUUUAAAGUUGUGCAGGACAUACUGGUGUUCACCGGUCCUCAAAUUCUGAAAGCGAUGAUCUCCUUCAUUCAGGACAAAUCCAGCUAUGCCUGGGUGGGGUAUCUGUAUUCACUUUUGCUCCUGGUGUUUGCCAUUCUGCAGUCCUUGUGCUUGCAGCAGUACUUCCAGCGCUGCUUUCUGCUGGGGAUACAGACCCGCACUGCCAUCAUGGAUGCUGUGUACAAAAAGGCAAUAGUGAUGUCUAAUGACCACCGCAAAGAGUCGACAGUCGGGGAAACGAUGAACAUGAUAUCAGCUGAUGCCCAGUGCUUCCAUGAUGUGACAUCCUUCAUACACCUGGUUUGGUCCUGCCCUCUGCAGAUCAUCCUGUCUAUUAUUUUCUUGUGGGCGGAGAUCGGACCUGCUUCGUUAAUCGGACUGACAAUCAUGUUCUUGGUGGCACCAUUGAAUGUGCUGCUCACUACAAAGUCCAGACUUCUCCAGGUAGACAACAUGAAGUAUAAAGACAAGAGACUGAAGAUUAUGAAUGAAAUACUCAACGGGAUCAAGAUUUUGAAGCUGUAUGCAUGGGAGCCAUCCUUCCAGACCCGGGUCGAAGGCAUUAGGGAGGAAGAACUUAAAGUCAUGAAGAAGUUUGCCUAUUUUUCAAGUGUCUCUACCCUCCUCUUCACAUGUACUCCACUUUUGGUUUCUGUGUUAUCAUUUGCAGUGUACGUUCUGUUGAGCCCAGAAAAUAUCUUGACUCCUGAGAAAGCUUUUACUUCCAUCUCGAUUUUUAACCUCCUACGAUUUCCCCUCACGAUGAUGCCCAUGGUCAUCGCUAUCUUAGUUCAAACAGAAGUGUCUAAGAAUCGCCUGGAAAAGUUUCUGGGAGGUGAAGACCUUGAAAGUAACCUUGUGCAGCAUGACCCCAAUGUCGACUCUGCUGUCAGUGUAUGUGAUGGUUCCUUUGCUUGGGAAAGAGAUGCUGAACCUCUGCUUAAAGAUGUGUCCUUAGACAUUAAGCCAGGUCGGUUGGUAGCAGUAGUGGGAGCAGUGGGCUCCGGAAAGUCGUCUCUCAUAUCGGCCCUCCUGGGAGAGAUGCACAGGGUCAAGGGUUUUAUCAACAUACAGGGUUCCCUUGCACUUGUGCCACAGCAAGCCUGGAUCCAAAAUGCCACUGUGAGGGAUAAUAUCCUGUUUGGCUCUGCCAAUGAUGAGAGGAGGCUGCAGGAGGUGAUUGAGGCUACUGCCCUGCGCCCUGACCUGGAACUGCUGCCUGCUGGAGACCUUACUGAGAUUGGAGAGAAGGGCAUCAAUCUCUCAGGAGGUCAGAAGCAACGUAUUAGCUUGGCGAGAGCAGUUUAUAAUCAGGCUGAUAUUUAUCUGUUGGAUGACCCCUUGUCUGCAGUGGACUCUCAUGUGGGAAAACACAUCUUUGAUAAAGUGAUUGGACCUAAUGGAUUACUAAAAGAUAAGACUCGUCUCCUGGUGACUCAUGGCAUAAGCUUCUUGCCGUACGUUGAUGAAAUAGUGGUGUUGCUGGAUGGAGUGAUUUCUGAGGUCGGAUCCUACCAGAGCCUUCGCGCCAGCAGAGGAGCCUUUUCUGAGUUUCUUGACAUAUAUGCCCAAGAAGAAAGAAAAAGGACCUAUUCAGACAAUUCCCAAGACACCACAGACCUGCCUCUCGUCUCCGACAGUGAGGACGCUCAUGUUGACUCAGCUUUGGAGGACGCCAUUACUGUGACGCUGAAGAGAGAGAACAGCCGCCGCCGCAGCCAGAGAUAUGGCAGUGAGGACAUUCACACGAUAGACGAAGCCAUUCCUGCGAGUGUUCGCUCCUGGAUCCAGUGCCUGUUGAGUGUAAUGUCAACAUUGAUUCUCAUCUUUGUCGCCACUCCUAUCUUCAUUGCCAUCACCAUCCCUCUGGCUGUAGUCUACUACAUCAUACAGCGCUUCUAUUUAAACUCUUCAAGACAGCUACGUCGGCUGGACUCGGUUUCUCGCUCUCCUAUAUACUCUCACUUUGGUGAGACAGUAAUGGGACUGUCAGUGAUAAGAGCCUAUGGCCAUCAAGAGAGGUUUCUCAAAAAAAAUGAAAAAGUUUUGGAUGAAAACCUCAGGUCCAUCUACCCAUGGGUUGUGUCAAACAGAUGGCUGGCCAUCCGUCUUGAGUUCCUGGGAAACCUGGUGGUGUUUUUUUCAGCUCUGUUAGCUGUUAUUAACAGAGAAAAUCUGGACAGCAGCUUGGUCGGCCUGUCGAUAUCCUCUGCCCUUAACAUAACACAGAGCCUCAACUGGCUGGUGAGAAUGAACACAGAGCUGGAGACCAAUAUCGUAGCUGUGGAGAGAGUGAGCGAAUACUCUGUGAUAGAAAACGAGGCUGAGUGGGUAAAUGAUAACCGACCUCCUGAGAACUGGCCCGAGGAAGGAAAGCUAGAGUUUGACAACUACAUGGUCCGCUAUAGACCUGGAUUAGACCUAGUGCUGCAUGGAGUCACCUGUGACAUAGAGGGCACUGAGAAGGUCUGUGUGUGUGUGUGUGUGUGUGUGUGUUUGUGUGUGUGUUUGUGUGAUUUACACUGCUCAGCAGGUCACUCUUGUCUGCUUGUGUUUCUCCUCCGCAGGGUAAUGGUGCUGGAUGCUGGUAAGAUAGUGGAGUUUGAUUCUCCAAGCAACUUGUUUGACAAACGCGGUCUGUUCUACGCCAUGUCAAAGGAUGCUGGGAUAACAGGGGAAAAUGUCACUGCCCUCUAGUUUUACGCUUAAUAAUAACAUAGCUUUGAUUUUUUUUGUUGUGCUUU